UCACCCAAAUUCUGACCUUCUUAUUCAUUCCAAUCCCCAUUGCUUUUUCAAUAUAAGAAAUACUUUGUUUUGGCUUUUCUUUUUAAGUUUUCUAUAAUUUGAAGCAAACUCAGACAGACUAGACCCCAACCAGACUACCUUCAUAAGUUGUAACUACAAGCUCUCUUGCUGAAGCUCCUUCAUCUCCAUGGCUACCAAAUCCUGGAUUCUGCAAAUCUUGUCCUUCAUCCCCUUGUUGCUCCCUGUAACUUAUUCUCUUGACUUCAACUUUCAUGCUGUUUUCAACUUUGGAGAUUCCAAUUCUGACACUGGUGCUCUCAUUGCUGCUGCCAUUGAACACAUUGAUCCCCCUUUUGGACAGAGUUAUUUCCGCAAACCAUCUGGGAGAUACAGUGAUGGCCGUCUCAUUGUUGAUUUUCUUAUGGAUGCAAUGGAUUUGCCUUUUCUGAAUGCAUAUCUGGAUUCAAUUGGCACUCCAAGUUUCCAAAAAGGAUGCAAUUUUGCAGUUGCAGGAUCAACUAUACUUCCAGCGAAUCCAACAUCGGUUAGUCCAUUUUCAUUGUGGUAUCAGGUGAAUCAUUUGAUUCGUUUGAAGCAUCGCGCUCUCGAGUUGCCAGCUAAAGGUAAAAAAUAUAACAAGUUCAUUCCACUGGAAGACUAUUUCACCAAGGGGCUUUACAUGCUCGACAUAGGCCAGAAUGAUCUUGCAACUGCAUUUUAUUCCAAAACAUUAGAUCAAAUUCUUGCCUCCAUUCCAAGAAUUUUAGCAGAAUUUGAGACUGGCAUAAAGAGGCUAUACGAUGAAGGGGCUAGAAAUUUUUGGAUUCACAACACAGGACCACUUGGUUGCUUAACUCAAAAUGUUGCUAAAUUUGGGACUGUUCCAUCAAAGCUUGAUGAGCGAGGAUGUGUAAGUGAACAUAACCAAGCUGCGAAAUUUUUCAAUACCCACCUUCACGCUCUCUGUAAGAAACUGCAAGGCGAUUUCCCAGACUCGGACAUCACAUAUGUUGAUAUAUACACAAUAAAAUUAAACCUCAUUGCAAAUUUUUCGCGAUAUGGUUUCGAGCAACCUAUAAUGGCAUGCUGCGGACUUGGAGGUCCACCAUUGAACUAUGACAGUAGGAUUUCUUGUGGACAGACAAAAGUUAUAAAUGGGAGCUCAGUGACGGCCAAAGCAUGUCCAGACAGCACUGAGUAUGUGAGUUGGGAUGGAAUUCAUUACACAGAAGCUGCAAAUCAAUAUGUUUCAUCGCAGAUUCUCACUGGGAAAUAUUCUGAUCCACCUUUCUCAGAUAAAAUGCCUUUCCUUCUUAAACUCAAGUUCUGAAGACAUGUUGUGGUAGUUUCAGAAACUAUCUUAUUUAUCCUAUGGAUUUCAAUCUAAACUUGCCAAGUUAUUUAUCAAUAUUAAGUAUUAACUAGUCA